CCCACUGGAACAGAAAAUAGUGACAAAAUAAACCAUGGAAGAAGAAGAAGAUGAAGAAAUCUCCCAACUCCAAGCUCUUUAUAUACCUCACCAAAAUACUUAUAAGCAUAAUGGUAACUCAAAAAGUGAAGGAUCAAAUAAAGAGGAUUUGACGAUCAAUCAUGUAUCGGAAAUGCAUGGCGUCUAGUCUUACAAGAAGAUGCAUUUCGAGCUCAACCAGAACCAGUACUACUUGGUGGGACCACGUCAACCCUGCUUCUAAGGACCCCAUUACUGGCGUCACUGAAGCUUUUCUUGCGGACCCAAAUCCCAACAGGAUCAAUCUUGGAAUGGGGGCUUAUAGGGAUGACGAGGGGAAAUCUGUCGUUCUACAGUGUGUUCGAGAUGCUGAGGCCAAGAUUGCGGGUUCUGAGUUCUUGGAAUCUAUUUCUACGUCAGUCAGUUCAAAAUUGGUUGAAGAAAGUUUAAAAUUGGUGUAUGGAAAGGACUCCAAUGUCAUUUCAGAAGGUAGACCUGCUGGAGUUGAGGCUCUCUCCGGCACGGGUGCCUGCCGUCUCUUUGCUGAGUUCCAGAAGCGAUAUUAUCCCGAAUCACAAAUUUAUUUAACCAAUCCAACUUGGUCCAACCACCACAACAUCUGGAGAGAUGCCCACGUUCCUUGGAGAACCUUCCGCUACUAUAAUCCAAAUACAAGAGGUUUAAACUUUGCAGCACUCAUGGAUGACAUCAAGAAUGCCCUAGACAGUUCGUUUUUCUUACUCCAUCCUUGUGCUCAUAAUCCAACUGGAGUUGACCCUACUGAGGAACAAUGGAGAGAAAUCUCAUAUCUGUUUAAGGUAAAAAAUCAUUUCCCCAUUUUCGAUAUGGCUUAUCAAGGUUUUGCGAGUGGACAUCUCGACAUUGAUGCCAAAGCCAUCCGGAUUUUUGUUGAAGAUGGGCAUUUGAUUGGUUGUGCUCAAUCCUUUGCAAAGAAUAUGGGAUUAUAUGGACACCGAGUUGGUUGUCUCAGUGUUCUGUGUUCCGAUCAAAAGCAAGGAGUUGCAGUCAAAAGCCAACUUCAGCAGAUUGCGAGGGCAAUGUACGGCAGUCCUCCUGUUCAUGGUCUAUUAUUGGUUUCCACGAUCUUGAGCAAUUCGGAUAUUAAAUCACUUUGGCUCAGAGAGGUGAAGGUUAUGGCAAGUCGCAUUAAAAGUAUCCGUUCUGCUCUUCGUGACAAUCUUGAGAGUUUGGGUUCUCCUCUUAACUGGGAACACAUUACUAAUCAGGUCGGAAUGUUCUGCUUCUCCGGCUUAACCCCGGAUCAGGUCAAACUGUUGGCUAGAGAAUUCCACAUAUACAUGACUCACGACGGUCGAAUUAGCAUGGCAGGUGUAACCUCUGGCAAUGUGAGUUACUUGGCGAAUGCUAUACAUCAAGUGACAAGUUGUCAACAAGAAACCUUGAAUCUUUCUCCAAAAGCUGAAUGUAAGAGGCCUACAUAAAUUAGGAGCAUGUUCACCAAACCGUAAUCGAAUGUAAGCAGAAGGGCAGUGGGUUUGGAAAAUUAAAUAAAAGCCUAAGAAUGGAAUCAUUGAUUCCCUAGCUCUCUAGUUUUUUUUUUUUAAUUAUUAUUUGUAAUAACAUGUCCUUUUACAUAGUUAAAUAUGUGAAAUUAUUAUAGGUACAAAAA